AUGCACUUUUACGGGGCCCUCAGGCUGUUGCUGUGCCUGUACUUUCUGACUGCAGCUGCAGCUGCGGCUGCAGCUGGACGUUGGACUGCAUUGGCUGCCUUUGCCGCUCAUGGCAAAGCGAGACAGCAGCUCUCCGACGGCGAGGACCAGCGACUGGGAAGCGGCCCCUCCAAGCCGUUGCAUUUGUUACGGUGGAUUAUGUCACGAGACUGCAGCAAGCGGAGAUUCGUGGAUUUUUACAGCAUUGGCUCUGCUGUUGCUGCCGCUUGCCUUUUUUAUCAGUGGCGAUACAGGCAGCGGGAAAUCUGGGAGCUGCUUCCAGUCCUGCUGUUGCUCCUACACGUGUUGCGUCGGCUUGCGGAGCAGCUGGCCAUAGUCGCCUCCGACGACGCCUCGCGCAUGCACCGUUUUGCAUACGUCUUGGGCUGCACGUACUACGUUGCAACCCCCCUGGCGUUUUCCCCCGCUUCACAGGGACCGUCUUCCGUCUGCAUGCUGCAACGGGGGGUCUCCAUAGCGCUUUGGACUCUUGCCAACGCCUUGCAGAGGGAGAUGGGCGAUGCAGCUGGUGCCUUUCCUGCUGCGCUACAGCUAGCCUGUCAUGCGUCGCUCGCUGCGUUGAGGAGAGAGGGAGUUCGAGCCUUGGCCUUGGAGGACUCUAAGGAGAUCCUGCAUGCAGCGCUGAGUGCCGAUACAGCCCGAUCCAGAGAGCAGCAAAGGGACGGCGGCAACACCAAAAGCCGGAGCCACAACAACCAGUCCGCGGAUUUAGCAAGACAGAGGGGGCCCUACAGAAUUCCGAGGAGUCCCCUGUUUGCGCAUGUCAGCUGUCCCCACUAUCUGGCAGAGGUUCUUGUGUACUUGUCGCUCUUCCUCUUAUCUCCGGAUACCCAUACGUGA